GGUCAAGGUGAGAUGUAGAUGUGAUGUUCACCGUUUUCUUACAGGGGUAUAUCACAAAAGUACCACUUUUUGCAGGUGGGCUAGCUAUCACCAUUGUAAUACUUGAGAGAGAGUCUGAAUGCACUGAUCACUGGGACAGAACAAAAGAACUGUCUGAACCACAAACUCCAGUACCAGCAAAACCAUGUUACCAGGAAUAGCAGUGUUUGGGACUGGCUCCACUAUACAGUGCUUGGUACCUGUACUGAAGGCUUGUGAUUUCAAGGUAGAAGCAAUCUGGGGGCGUACAAGGACAGAGGCUGACGAGGCAGCCAAAGUACUGGAUAUACCAUUUAGUACUAACAAGGUGGAUGAGGCUCUGUUGUGUAAGAAUGUAGAGCUGGUAGUUAUCAGCUGUUCUCCUCAUCUCCAGUCCCCCAUUGCUGUAAAGGCUUUAGGAAUUGGUAAACAUGUCCUGUGCUGUCCUCCUGCGGGUCUCAGUCAGCUACAAACCUACAAGAUGGUCACAGCGGCCUGUUACUAUCCCUCACUCAUGGCUAUAGUGGGGUACGGGCUACGAUUUCUCCCUGCUCUUCAGAAAGCCAGGCAGUACAUUGACGAGGGCUCCAUUGGGGCUGUGACUGUCAUCGAGGCACGGGUGCAGUGUGGGAGUUUAUUAAACGAGAAAUACGAUUGGAUGUGUGAAGAAGGCAUGGGGGGAGGUGUGUUGAAUACGUAUGGUGGAGCUCUCAUUGAUUUGGUGACUUACCUCACACAUCAGAAGGCAGAACAUGUGAAUGGAAUGCUGAAGACUUAUGUUGAUAGGACUGCUGGGAUACAGGGGGUACGGCAGAUCACUAGCGAUGAUUUCUGCUCCUUUCAGAUGGAGCUCAGUAAUGGCGUCUCGGUCAGUAUCAGCUUAAAUUCCCACCUGCCCGGGACUUUCGUCCACGAGGUGUUGGUGUGUGGGACGGAGGGGAGGUUGGUGGUGAACGGAUCCACUUUGCAGUUAUUUAAUAAUAAAAGUGACAGAGGGGAAAUCAUCACACCUGAAAAACGGGAAAUCAUAAGUGAACCCAUGCUGCGAUUGCUGUUGAAAAACACCGACAUUUCUGCUCCGUUUUUGGAAGGGCUUACUCAGCUGGUGGGUGUAUUGCGUGAUGCGUGUGCACGCACAGCAGACCGCCAUGCGUGGUUGGAAGAGCCCGUUCAUAGAGCAGCAACUUUUGAGGAUGCAUUAUAUGUCCAGACAGUAAUCGAUGCUAUUCGCCAGUCUAGCAGGACACAUGAGUGGGUGAAGGUCAAGGUCAUGACAGAGGAGCCAGAGCCUAAUCCACACCUUUCAUCAGCUGUCCGAAGAAGUACAUUUUCAGCAUACUAAAUUCUUUUGCAGUCUUGUGAGAAAUAUACUGUUAAUGAAUAAUAAUUACUUGAUAAAAACUGAGACCAACAUGCAGCUCUACAAAAUUUGGAUUAAUUUUAGUGAAUUAUUGAAAAUUGUAAUGUGUACUAGUAUUUAAUGUAGCUGCCCUUGAACAUUAAGUAAUAUUCUAGAGUGUAGUAAUUCUCAUUCCAUGUAAACGAGAAAUCCGAUUUUUUUAUUAUUUGACUCAUAAAGUGUAAUUGUUGUUACUGAAUGAAACAUAUAGGUGCAUUGGAUUAUUUUGUGCAUCAAAUAAAUGUUAUUGUAUUUC